AUGGCAACCUCUGGGGUGCCUAAAGUAGCACCACAGAACACACCUGCCCCUGCUGUGGGCAUGGCAACCUCUGGGGUGCCUAAAGUAGCACCACAGAACACACCUGCCCCUGCUGUGGGCACGGCAACCUCUGGGGUACCUAAAGUAGCACCACAGAACACAACUGCCCCUGCUGUGGGCACAGCAACAUCUGGGGUGCCUAAAGUAGCACCACAGAACACAACUGCCCCUGCUGUGAGCAUGGCAACCUCUGGGGUGCCUAAAGUAGCACCACAGAACACAACUGCCCCUGCUGUGGGCACAGCAACAUCUAGGGUGCCUAAAGUAGCACCACAGAACACACUUGCCCCUGCUGUGGGCACAGCAACAUCUGGGGUGCCUAAAGUAGCACCACAGAGCACGCCUGCCCCUGCUGUGAGCACGGCAACCUCUGUGGUGCCUAAAGUAGCACCACAGAACACAACUGCCCCUGCUAUGGGCAUGGCAACAUCUAGAGAUUGCCUAAAAGUAGCACCACAGAACACACUUGCCCCUGCUGUGGAGCAUGGCAACCUCUGGGGUGCCUGA